AUGAUAACUAUCUCGAGGAGUGAUUGGUGGACUCCAAUACCGAUCGGCUGUACGGAAUCGAUACGGCUAACUGCAUGCAUCAAAAAUUGGUCCACUGAGACAAGACCUCUGCAAGUCAUAUCUGCGGGGCACGCACGUCUAUGCCGGGGGACCUACAUACUCUCCUAUGGUAUCAUACAUCGGCAUGACUAAAAUCAAUAAGGAUAUCUAACUAGACAAGAAUUUUGAUCUAUAUGCAGAACACACAGUAAGCUGCACGCCAUGGCCGAGCCACGCUGGAUAGAGAUCAACUGCGACAUGGGGGAAGGGUUCGGAAGAUGGAAGAUGGGUCCAGACGAAGAACUGAUGCGCUACGUGGACGUAGCUAAUGUCGCCUGCGGCUUCCACGCCGGCGACCCAUCAACCAUGGUCCGCACCGUCCGUCUCGCCAAGCAGCACGGAGUCCGCGUCGGCGCUCACCCGGGGAUGCCGGAUCUCCUCGGCUUCGGCCGGCGGCGGAUGAACAUUGCCCCCGACGACAUGUACGCCUCAGUGCUAUACCAGGUCGGAGCUCUAGCCGGUAUACUCGCGGCGGAGGGAGUGCCCCUGAACCACGUGAAACCGCACGGCGAGCUCUACUUCUACGUGCAGCGAGACGCCGACAUCCGCAACGCCGUGCUAUGCGCGGUGAAAGCCUUCAACGUGCCUAUUUAUGGACUUCCGACAAAGCAUAUGGUCGAAGACUGCCAGAGGCUUGGGUUGAAGCUCAUCCCCGAGUUCUACGCGGAUCUUAAUUAUGACGACGAAGCACAACUUAUGUCAGUCGCAGAGUCGGUACCUGCCAUCCCGCAAUUAGUUGCCGGAAGAAUUAGUAUGUUUGUAAAAAGCGGACAGGUGUAUAGCAAGUCCGGGAAAAGGGUAGAUAUACCGGUUGACCGGCAAGGGUUCAGUAUAUGUAUUCACUCGGACCUACCGGGAGCAUUGGAUAACGCUGCUGCGGCAAGGAAAGUUGUUGAUGAAAAGAAGAACGAGGAAUAAUUAUAUUGAAAAGGGAGAAGGAUAGGGACGAAGGGGAAAGAGAGGGAAACCAGUGGUGGUAUUCGGGUAUAUCUAGGAAGGGACCUCCCCUUGCUCAACAUUCACACAAUGGCUAGGUUUGUGUGAAAGUACGACCAGGAAAUAGCAAAUGCCUUAAUGUUAGUUGAUUAAUACACCAAUUCAGCCAUGAUCGACAAGCUUUAUCAAGAUCAAUCGAAAGUAAGGGCAUUGGGAGGAUAGGUAUCAUAUGGAAAGCACAUUCUUGAAAAGGGAAAUCCCUUCUGGACCUCCUCUACUAACUUCUACCAGAUAUUUUCCAUCAUCUCAACUUGUCAUUUGAUUAAAUACAACUCGUCUAUGUUCCUUAGUUGCUUCAG